AAAAAGAUUUGGGUGUUUCUGCAGAGUAAUGACUUUAUUCCCAAAUCGAUUCUUGAUGUUACUCAUUAGGAGUAAUGACUUUAUUCCCAAAUCGAUAACGAGGAAUGGACAUGCAGAGGCACCACUCCAGCCAAAUCCAAGAGUACCUGAAUGGGAAAGAUCCUCAAAACUCCAAAUCAAGAAUAGGAAAUUUGGACUUGGAUUUGGUGUUAGCAAACAAGUGGGAGUUGAAAGAGGGCUUCCCAGAGACUCCUAUGCUGGUGGUAGUCGUACAUUGAGCGUUGGUACAACUCAAGAUUUUGGAGGUCAUAAGAGCUAUGGUCCUGGUGGGGAUGGUGCUAUUUCUGAUCCCGGGGGUUCGGGUGGCUCUAAUGGUGGUCCUGGCAGUGCACCUAUUGUUAUUCCCAAAUCGAUAAUGAGGGAUGAACUUGUACAGGCACCACCCCAGCCAAAUCCAAGAGUACCUUUCUUCAGUGACCACACAUUGAGGCUGUGUGGAAAAAAUGGGCUUUAUCUUGAUGCGGCCAGGAAAAGGGAAAGAUCCCCAGAACUCCAAAUCAAGAAUAGGAAAUUUGGACUUGGAUUUCGGGUUAGCAAACAAGUGGGAGUUAAAACAGCGCUUCCCAGAGGCUCCUAUGCUGGUGGUAGUCGUACAUUGAGCAAACAAGUGGGAGUUGAAAGAGGGCUUCCCAGAGACUGCUAUGCUGGUGGUAGUCGUACAUUGAGCGUUGGUGCAAGUCAUGAUUUUGGAGGUAAAAAGAGCUAUGGUCCUGGUGGGGAUGGUGCUACUUCUGAUCCCGGGGGUUCGGGUGGCUCUAAUGGUGGUCCUGGCAGUGCACCUAUUGUUUUUUCCAAAUCGAUAAUGAGGGAUGAACUUGUACAGGCACCACCCCAGCCAAAUCCAAGAGUACCUUUCUUCAGUGACCACACAUUGAGGCUGUGUGGAAAAAAUGGGCUUUAUCUUGAUGCGGCCAGGAAAAGGGAAAGAUCCCUAGAACUCCAAAUCAGGAAUAGGAAAUUUGGACUUGGAUUUCAGGUUAGCAAACAAGUGGGAGUUAAAACAGCGCUUCCCAGAGGCUCCUAUGCUGGUGGUAGUCGUACAUUGAGCAAACAAGUGGGAGUUAAAAGAGCGCUUCCCAGAGACUCCUAUGCUGGUGGUAGUCGUACAUUGAGCGAACAAGUGGGAGUUGAAAGAGGGCUUCCUAGAGACUGCUAUGCUGGUGGUAGUCGUACAUUGAGUGUUGGUGCAAGUCAUGAUUUUGAAGGUCAUAAGAGCUAUGGUCCUGGUGCUGAUGGUGGUGGUUGUGGUGCUGAUGCUGAUGCUGAUGGUGGUGGUUGUGGUGCAGAGCAGCAAUAAUUUCAUAAAGACUGCUGAUGAGUUACUCAUGCUGUUUUAUCUGUUCGUGUGUGAGGUAGGUUUGAUUUAGUAGCGGCUGAGACGCUGCCGGUUUACAAAGUUGAGGAAAGAGGUGUAAUCAGCAUGUGUUUGUAAACAUAGUAGGCAUGUGUAUUGGGAGGGGAUAAUCUGGAAUUGCAAGUGAGAGGUGUAGUUGGACAGGAAUUGCAAGUGAGAGGUAUUUUUGUCUAUAUGAUUGUAUAUCUGAAUCUAUGAAUCAUUUGUCCUUGUAAUCUAGUCAGAUAUAUUUGUUAAUAA